AUGUCGGGCACUAGUGGAAUUGAUAUCGAUUACUCUAAAACGUCGUGGAUUCAAGAGUUAAAUAAACCUAAACUAAUUGCAAUUUUAACGCAAUUGGGAUUAAAAUUCGACGAAGCGGCAAAUAUCGACGUACUACGAAAAAUUGUACGGUGCCAGAUACGAAAGGUGAACGAAGAGAAAGAAAGUAAACAAGUCGACAAGACCGAACCGCAGGGCAGCGUACAAGAAGAUAAUAAGGAAACAAUACAAUUCCACACAAUGGCAGAAACCAACUCUAAUAUUUCACGCCUAGAAUUUCACCUGGGCAAGGACGAUUGGGAGAUGUAUACAGAAAGGCUCGAAUUAUAUUUCGUAGCUAACGACGUCAGGGCAGAAAAACAAGCGGCAGUGUUGCUAACGAAAAUUAGUCCCGAUACCUAUAAACUUGUUCGUGAUCUAUGUGCGCCCGAAAAACCCAGCACCAAAACAUUUGAAGAAUUAGUGAAAUUAAUAAAUAAUCAUUUUAACCCGAAGCCGUCAGAGACUAUGGAAAGAUGUACUUUUUAUCAAGCGAGACAAUCGCAAACAGAGUCAGUGUCGGAGUUUGCGGCAAGAUUAAAAAGUUUAUCGAUUAAUUGUAACUUCGGUGACGCGAAAAUAGCAUUACGCGAUCAGUUAGUGUGCGGACUGAAAGAUCACACUACAAAAACGUUAUUAUUUCGCGAGGAUAAAUUAACAUACGACUCAGCCUACAAACUGGCAACAGCGCUGGAAACAGCCGAGAAGUAUGCGUCAUCGACAGACCAAGCAGCUGGAGAACCAUCAAAGACAAUAGUAAACAAAAUAAGCUCGGCUCCAAAGCCAGAGUACAAGAGACAAUUGCACACAAGAGGAAGAGGUGCAGAUCGAGGUAGAAGGGGCGGCAACCAGCGUUACCUGAACAGAGCUCCGAUGAAUAGGGGUAACCGCUCGACGAGUGAAAACGCGAGCGCAAAUACUAGGCGCUCGUCAGCAUGUUUCUGCUGCGGAAGAAACAACCACUGGGCUCGUGAUUGUUAUCACCGGUUCAGCACGUGCAACUCGUGUAAAAGGAAAGGGCACCUGGAGAUGGUGUGUACAGCACAAAAGGCGGUACAACACCUUGAGCAGGAGUCUGAGGAUCAACAAGGGGACAAGAACGAUUUCUUCAUGAUGGAUGUUGGCCGCGAGAGAAAAUCAUCGAGGAUGACCAGCAGCAACGCAAAUUGCAGUAGCGAUAAUAUAACAGCCGAACCAAUGUAUCUAGAUGUAUUAAUUAAUAAUAGGAUUCUCAAAAUGGAAAUGGACACAGGUUCGUAUGCAACGAUCAUAUCUAAGAGAGAUAAAGACAGAUAUUUUCCAAAUUGCGAGGUAAAGUUGAUUAGUAGUCCAUUAAACGCAUACGGUAAGGUACCUUUAGAGCAUGUGGGAACACUGGAUAAUUUGCAGGUAAAGAUAGGCAAUGAGAAAGCCUCACUGGGAAUGAGAGUAAUGAAAGGAGAUGGUCCAAUGUUAAUUGGCAGGCAAUGGCUAAAAGUUUUUGGAUUAUGGCCUCUAAAACUGAAUAAGAGAGCAGAUAUGUGUAACAAAAUUUAUGGAGUAAAUGAAACGAUGGGGUUCCCAACGAAGUUUCCAAAAUUGUUUGGUAAAGGUCCAGGUUUAUAUAAUAAAGGAAUGUUAAAAUUAACGUUAAAAGAAAAUACUCAGCCAGUCGCAUUGAAAGCUAGACACUUGCCAUUUGCAUUAGCGAGUAAAGUCGAAAACGAGAUUGAUAGACUGGUAACAUUAGGCCAUCUAGAGAAGGUGGACGUCAGCGAGUGGGCUACACCCAUUGUACCGGUAAUAAAGACAGACGGCACAGUAAGAAUUUGCGGAAAUUUUAAGUUGACGUUAAACCCAAAUUUAGUUAAAGAUAGACACCCAAUUCCAUUAAUCGAUGAGAUUUUUUUAGCGCUAAGAAGCGGUAAAACUUUCUCGCAGAUUGAUCUCCAGCAUGCUUACAUGCAGAUCCCGGUAGAGGAGAGCAGUCGAGAUUACUUGACAAUAAUAACGCACAAAGGCCUCUACAGGUAUACUAAAAUGCCGGAAGGUAUUGCGUCGGGCCCGGGUGAUUUUCAAAGGAAGAUUGAGCAAUGCUUAGCGGGAAUUGACGGAGUAAUUCCGUACAUUGAUAACAUAUUUUGUACUGGCAAAGACGAUAAAGAGCAUUUAGAAGCGCUGAACGCUGUAUUUAAAAGACUCGAAGACUAUGGUUUCAAAGUAAAUAUUAGCAAAUGUGAUUUUUUCAAAGAAAAGCUGGACAUUUUGGGUUUUGUUAUAGACCAGAAUGGGCUUCACAAAUCAAAAACUAAAGUCAAAGCAAUGAUAGAAGCACCAACGCCGGUAAACAAAAAACAAUUAGACUCAUUUCUUGGGUUGAUCACUUACUACGCGAGAUUUCUGCCACAGAGAGCAGAAAAACUAAAAUGUCUUUAUGAGUGUACGAAAGCAGAUAAUUUUAAUUGGACAAAACAAUGUGACAAAGCGUUUGAGUGGGUCAAGGGGGAGUUGGUAUCGCCACGAGUGUUAGCACACUACGAUCCUAACACCGAUUUGAUCUUGUCCUGCGACGCAUCCACAUACGGGUUAGGAGCGAUCCUGUCACAUAAAUACAAAGACGGUACCGAGCGACCGAUAGCGUUCGCGUCUAAAAUAAUUCCGGAGAAAGAAGCGAGCCGUGCGAUAAUUGAUAAGGAAGCGAGUGCAAUUGUAUUCGGCUUUAAGAAAUUUUAUAAUUAUGUAUUCGGCAAAGAGAUUACGAGUGUUCCGUUAACGCCAUGGCCGUACCCAGAUAAUUGUUGGAGUAGGAUUCAUAUCGAUUUCCUUGGCCCAUUCCACGGACAUAUGUAUAUGAUAAUUGUUGAUGCGUACUCGAAAUGGCCAGAGGUCAUUGAUAUGAAUAAAAGUACCACAGUACCGCGAGUACUCGAGGAGGUAAAAAAAGUGUUGUCACGAUUUGGUUUACCAAGACACGUAGUUACCGAUAACGGUACUCAAUUCACAAGUAAAGAAUUUCAAGAGUUUUGUAAAAUAAAUGGUAUUAGACAGAGUUUUACAGCACCGCACCAUCCAGCAACAAAUGGUGCAGCUGAGAACUUUGUAGGCACGUUUAAGGACAAAGUCGAUAAAAUUGUUCAAACCGGAGAUGAAACAAUCGUAGAAACACCGGUCGAGAAAAUCGAGGAUGAGUAUUUUGCACCGAUGAGAGAUGCAAAGACAAAAGGUGAAUUGGACAAAGUGUAG